GCUUCACUAGAGCUGAGCAGCCCAAAACAACGCCUUCUCCUCAAGAGCUCCUCCGAUGAGUGCACCAAAGUAUCAGCCGUACGCCCCUUCACCAUACUCCUACACCCCCUCACCACAUUCCUUGUCAACAAGCAUAUCUCUGGAUGAAGAGGUCAAGCUUUCAACAACGGUACAACAACGAGAGCUGAACGAGUCGCUCGCGGAGAUCUAUAGUAUUAUCGUUACACUGGACUUUCUGGAAAAGGCUUAUAUCAAAGAUAGUAUCAGCCAGGAGACUUAUACCCCCACAUGUCUCAGACUUCUCGGACAAUACAAGACGAUCCUCAAGAACCCAGACGUAGCCUCUGCGUUUAAAGAUCUGGAGACGUUUAAAUCUGCCUACCAUCUAUCAUACCCCUCCGCAACCGAACGUCUAAAAAUUGGCGUCCCAGCAACAUUCGAGCAUGCCCCCACAACCUCAUCAGCAAUCUCUGCUCGUGCAGCAGCGGAGGCUACCCAGAACUUUAUCACAUUCAUGGACGCGCUUCGUCUGCACUACACUGCGAAGGACCAAUUGCACCCGUUGCUCAGCGACGUAAUCACCUCUGUGAAUAAUGUUGCUGGGGCAAAGGAGUUUGAAGGGAGGCAGUCGAUUGUGCAGUGGCUGAUUAUAUUAAAUCAGAUGGGGGCUGGUGAUGAGAUCACUGAGGCGCAAGGGAGGCAGAUGUUAUUCGAUAUUGAAAAUGCCUAUAAUGAGUUUUACAAGAAUUUGCAGUAGAUCAGUGGAGCGGACGGAAGGGUGGAAUCUGGUCUGGUGGAGGGGAGUUGUAAAGUGCUUUGUCUUGAUUUGUAUUGUUUUGCUCAGUUGGGGAUUCCCGUAAUGUAAUGUAAUUUAGUUGGUUGUUGUGAGUCCUUCCGGGUUUGCCCGAUUUCGGGCAAGUGUCAGCUCCCCCUGUAGCCACAACCGGGCUGUUGGCUCGAGUGAUGUGGUGAAUUCUGCCGUCGAGGAGUUCUGGAUUGUCUGCAUAAAAUUGCCUGUUUUGAUCAAUGCCCGACUCUUUGGCUUUUAGUCUAGACUCUGGAGGGUGGGAGGGUGGAGAACCGUGGCCGAUUUUUGGUAUUCCUAGAAUGCUUUAUGCUGGUUGAUAGAUGUUUAGUUGCUCGCUCUGGCCAUCACUCAUA